AUGGGCAAGGUGCGGGGGCUGCGGGCGCGCGUGCACCCGGCGGCCGUGAGGCCCGCGGGCCCGGCCGCGCCCCCGGCCCGGGAGGCGGCGCUGCCCCCGGCCGCGGCCGGCGGGGCCGGGGCGCAGGCCCGGGCGCCCGAGCCCACCGGCAUCUUCGCCGGGACCCAGAUCGAGCCCGGCGCCCUGGUGCAGCGGCUGGACCUGGACUCGCAGAGCGUCGCUUCCCUCGGGACAGGUGCAGAGCCCAAGGCCGUGCUGCCCAAGAAGGAGAGGCUGAGGCUGAGGCGCGCCAGCUGGCUGCAGAAGAUCCAGGCCCUGGAGCUGGCCCAGCAGGCGCACCGGGCUGAGCAGCGGCGCAGAGCCACGGCCGUGGUGGGCGACCUGCAGCCCCUGAGGGACGCCCUCCCCGAGCUGCUGCAGCUGGAGGCCGGCGGCCGGCGGCAGCGCACCCGAGGCGCCAGAGCCAGCGCCAAGCCUCGGCCCACCGAGCUGAGCCGCAUGAGCGCCGCACAGCGGCUGCAGCUCCUCGAGGAAGAAACGACGCGUUUUCAGGAGCUACUGGCCAGUCCCACCUACAGAGCCAGCCCCCUACUGGCCAUCGGAGAGCAGCUGGCCCAGCAGCUGCAGCUGGACAACCCCCAGCUCUGACUGGACUGGG